AUUCUAUUGGCUCUUUGAUUCCGAAUUUCCUCUUCGUACAGUAUCACUGGUGAAUGGCUAAUCUCGUCGAAGGUUAUAAGCAAGCUGAAGGAUGGUUCAGUAUCAGCUGCAGAGUUAUGUGAGAAAUGCAUUGCUAGAGCAAAGAAAAUAAAAGAGCUGAACUUCAUAGUGACAGAAAACUUUGACCAGUGCAGGAAAGAGUCUGUGCAAUCGGCCAGACUGUGGUCUGAAUAUGUUACAGGACGUCAUCAAGAAUGGCGAAAGUUUGGUGGAAUUCCAUUUGCAAUUAAGGACAACUUCUGUACAAAGGAUAUUAGGACAACUUGUGCCUCCAAAAUGCUCAGUAAUUUUGUACCUCCAUACACUGCCACUGUGGUUCAAAGGUUACAGGAUGAGGGAGCUGUUAUUAUUGGCAAAACUAACAUGGAUGAAUUUGCUAUGGGAUCAGGAAGCACAGACAGUAUAUUUGGACCAGUAAGAAAUCCCUGGAACUACAAUUUUUGUCAGUUACAACACACAGGAGGUUCUGAGGAACAGGGAGGGUCAGCUGACUGGCACAUCGCCGGGGGGAGCUCAGGGGGCAGUGCUGUAGCCAUAGCAACUGGAACAUGUUUUGGGGCCUUUGGUUCCGAUACAGGGGGCUCCACCAGGAAUCCUGCAGCAUACUGCGGAGUGGUAGGUUUCAAGGCAACUUACGGACGCCUGUCCAGACACGGCCUGAUUCCACUGGUUAACUCCCUUGAUGUACCGGGAAUACUGACCAGAAGUGUGGAUGAUGCAAGUCUCAUAUUCAAUGCUGUAGCAGGCCAUGAUGUAAGAGAUGCCACAUCAGUAACAGAUCCAUUGGAAAAAUUUACACUGCCUGAUGACAUUAGUGUUAAAGACCUUCAUAUAGGUAUCCCAAAGGAGUAUCAUGCUCCUGGUUUAUCACUGUGUGUUUUGGAUGCCUGGCGUCGUGCGGCUGAUAUGUUUGAGAAUGCCGGAGCCAAAGUGACGCAGGUCUCCCUCCCCCAUACCCAGUACUCCAUUAUCUGUUACGGUGUGCUGUGUUGUGCUGAAGUCGCAUCCAACAUGUCACGAUACGACGGAAUAGAAUACGGUCACAGAGCAAACGUUCAGGAUUCUACAGAAGAGUUGUAUGCAGUCACCAGACACGAGGGCUUCAACAAUGUUGUCAGAGGACGGAUUCUAGCCGGCAACUUCUUCUUACUGAGGAGGAACUAUGAUGAUUACUUCAUAAAAGCCCAGAAGGUGAGGAGACUGAUAGCUGAGGACUUUAGGAAGGUGUUUGAGGGAGGGGUGGACAUACUCCUGACUCCUACGACCCUCACUGAGGCCCCGACAUAUUCCUGGUUCACUAAGGAAGACAAUCGGACCAGGGCAGAGGAACAAGAUGUCUUCACCCAGCCCAUCAAUAUGGCAGGAGUUCCGGCCAUCACUGUCCCAGCCUCACUUUCACCGUCAGGACUUCCUAUUGGUCUUCAGUUUGUAGGACCAAACUUUCACGACCGACAAGUAUUGACUGUGGCCAAGUGGUUUGAACAACAAACAAACUUUAAACAACUAGAUUUAAAUUACCUGAUUGAUAACUCCUGAUGAAAAUAAAUUGAUAUUACUACA